AUGGAAAAGAACAUCUGCUAUCGGCGACAAAGGAGAAAAGAAGUCGUCUACGGCGAUUGCCUACUCCAGGACUGCUUGUCCCAAGGUGACUGGCACAUGGAGGAGGACCCAAACGUGGAGUACGAGAUGCUGCUCAGAGGAUUACGAGCCUGUGCUGAACGUGCCUCGAAGCCGCGCACGACAAACUUGGAUCGAAUUUCGAAGACCACCAAGAAAUUGUUGGAAAGAAGAAGGGCUUUGAGGCUUGAUCCGAAUGCAUCGCACAUUGCACGGUUAGUAGCAAACACUAGCUGCAGAAAAGCGUUGCAGAAGGAUCUUUUGAAGUACAGGAAGAAGAAGAUUUUGGAAGCAGCACGAAGAAGAACGAGUCUAAAGAAGUGCCGCAGGGAUCUUCGCGAAUAUAACAUUCCGCUAGCAGCCUUGCUGAGCGAAUAUGGGACUCGCACGUCUUCUCGUCGUGAGAUGGAAAUCAUUACGGAGAGGUUCUACUCGAACCUUUUCCGUUCAUCAACCCCUGUGUCAAGCCCAAUCAUCCCCACUGGCGAAGCUCAACCACGGAUUCUCCCUUCGGAAGUACGAGUCGCUAUCAAGAGCAUGAAACCUGGCACAGCCCCCGGACCUGAUUUUAUAUCAGCAGACUUUCUUCGGGCUAGUGGCCACUAG